AUGAAGGCUCUCAUUCUUGUCGGAGGGUUCGGUACCCGUCUGCGCCCUUUGACCCUGACCCUUCCCAAACCCCUGGUGGAAUUUGGAAACCGCCCGAUGAUCCUGCACCAGGUCGAGAGCUUGGCUGCUGCUGGUGUCACAGAUAUUGUUCUGGCCGUCAACUAUCGCCCGGAUGUCAUGGUCGCGGCCCUCAAGAAGUAUGAGGAACAAUACAACGUCAGAAUCGAGUUCUCCGUAGAAUCCGAACCCCUCGGUACCGCUGGUCCCCUGAAGCUGGCAGAGAAGAUUUUGGGCAAGGACGACUCUCCCUUCUUCGUCCUCAACUCCGAUAUCAUCUGUGAUUAUCCCUUCAAGCAGCUCGCAGAGUUCCACAAGAAACAUGGCGACGAGGGCACCAUCGUUGUUACCAAGGUCGACGAGCCCUCGAAGUACGGUGUCGUUGUUCACAAGCCCAACCAUCCCUCCCGCAUUGAUCGUUUCGUCGAGAAGCCAGUCGAGUUCGUUGGUAACCGCAUUAACGCCGGUAUCUACAUCCUCAACCCCAGUGUUCUCAAGCGCAUUGAGCUGCGUCCUACCUCCAUCGAACAGGAGACAUUCCCCGCCAUCUGUAGCGACGGUCAGCUCCACUCCUUUGAUCUUGAGGGUUUCUGGAUGGAUGUUGGUCAACCCAAAGAUUUCCUGACUGGCACCUGCCUCUACCUCACCUCGCUCGCGAAGCGUAACUCCAAGCUGCUGGCUCCCAACAGCGAGCCCUACGUCUAUGGCGGCAACGUCAUGGUUGAUCCCUCGGCCAAGAUCGGCAAGAACUGUCGCAUUGGCCCUAAUGUAGUCAUUGGUCCCAACGUUGUGGUCGGCGAUGGCGUGCGUCUGCAACGCUGUGUGCUCUUGGAGAACAGCAAGGUCAAGGACCAUGCCUGGAUCAAGUCGACUAUUGUCGGCUGGAACAGCUCUGUUGGCAAGUGGGCUCGCUUGGAGAAUGUCACGGUCUUGGGUGACGAUGUCACCAUUGCAGACGAGGUGUACGUCAAUGGCGGCUCCAUUCUGCCCCACAAGAGCAUCAAGCAGAACAUCGAUGGUAUGUUUCUUCACUCGCGUUUUACGAACGUUGGGGAUUGCGAGAACUAA